ACUAUGUUAGAAAUAGGAUCAACCGGAGGAUAUAUUCUAGUGUUGUACAAUAUCCGGUCUUGUGUCAAGUCAAAAUGUUGUUUCAGAGAGCAUUCCAGAGGCUGAAUUUUAUUUUAUCCCAACGUGGAAACACGAGUUUAAAAAGUCUGACCACCGCUUCAAAUGUCGUCCGACAGAAAGAUGACGCGAUUGUAAAGAUGGAAAAUCCGUACAAAGAAUCGUACAAAGGAUGCAUCCUCUGCAGCGUCACAGUGGACUAUAAAAACAUUCAGACUCAGAAAAUAAAGCUACUCAACGCCUCCUCUUCAGCUGCUGUCUCAGUUCAUCUCCCCUCACACAGGCAGGAUCUACGGACGACACAUCACAGGCCUGUGUGGGAGAAAACAAAAGGAAAUUUCAAAAGCUAUAAAGAAAGCUCACUCGCUGGGUUUUAUGUCAGUGACACACAAACAUCCACAGUUCAUGAGUGACCCAAACAUCUGUGGCAUCAAACAUCUGGAUUAAUCUGUGUGUCAAUUCUCUCCAGGUUUAUUUAAUUUACAAUUUGAAGUAAAUUGUAUGUAUGUUUAGUUUGAGUUACCUGUUAACCAAUAAACAGCCUUGUAGGCUA